AUGUACUUUUCGAGAUCAUUCAUCGCAUCCGCCCUGCUCGGGUUUGGAACCGCAACCACGCACAUGGGCGAGAUGGCUAUGGGCAUGUCCACGGCAGUAGCGGCGUCAGAGACCGUGAUGACCUCGACCGCAAUGGCAGCCGCAGCCUCAUCGACAGGAAUGGCUGCGGAGGGGAUGGUUACCACGCACGUAGUUAACGUCGGCGGAGCCAAUGGAUCGCUCACCUUCUCUCCCGACAACAUUCAGGCCAGCGUGGGAGACCUUGUCCAAUUCCAGUUCCACCCCAAGAACCACUCUGUCGUCCAGGCGACAUUCGAUCAGCCUUGCACACCCAUCCAGAACGUAAUGCCUAACAUGACGACCGCGUUCUUCUCCGGCUUCAUGCCUAGCAACGCUUCCGUUGGCACCACCGCCAACCUUCUGACCUACACCAUCCGCGUCAUGGACACGAAGCCCGUUUGGUUCUACUGCUCGCAAGGAAUGCAUUGUCAGGCUGGUAUGGUCGGCGCUAUCAACGCUGCUGCCACCGGUAACAAGACCGUUGCCGCCUACAAGGCCCUCGCCGCUGCUGCCUCGGAGAACCUCAGCCCUGGACAAGUCGCUGGACAAGGAAACGCCUCUCCCUCGGGUGGCUCCGGCGCCGCCGCGUCUUCUGCGGCAGGAACCGGUGCUGGAGGUGCUGGCACUGGAGCUACCGCUACCGAGUCUUCUGGCGCCAACCCUGCUCAGCAGACCACCAACGCCGCACCUGGUCUCUACGACGCUUCUCGGCAAUCUCUCUUCGGCCUUACCCUGGGUGGUCUGGCUGCUUUCUUGGUGUUGUAG